AUGAUAAAGCAAGCCAUGGGCAGCGUUCGAGUCAACCGCUACAGCAUUGUCUCAACUGAAGAGGAUGGACACAAAGUCUCUGCACUGGGCAGCAUGAAUGGGCAUAGCCGGAACGGGAAGGGCCAUGCCCCCCGGCGGAAGCACCGCAACCGCUUUGUGAAGAAGAACGGCCAGUGCAACGUCUAUUUUGCCAACCUGAGCAACAAAUCUCAGCGCUACAUGGCUGACAUCUUCACCACAUGUGUGGACACGCGCUGGAGGUACAUGCUCAUGAUCUUCUCCGCUGCCUUCCUGGUUUCUUGGCUCUUCUUUGGCUUCCUUUUCUGGUGCAUCGCUUUCUUCCAUGGUGACCUCAACACACCAGCAGUGGCAGGGGGCCCCUCUCUCCUCAAGCCCUGCAUCAUGCAUGUGAACAGCUUCCUAGGGGCUUUUCUUUUCUCAGUGGAAACCCAGACAACCAUUGGAUAUGGCUUCCGCUGUGUGACUGAGGAGUGCCCACUGGCCAUCAUGGCAGUUGUGGUCCAGUCCAUCGUGGGCUGUGUGAUUGACUCUUUCAUGAUUGGUACCAUCAUGGCCAAGAUGGCAAGGCCCAAGAAACGGGCCCAGACCCUCCUUUUCAGUCACCAUGCGGUCAUUUCUGUGCGGGAUGGCAAACUGUGCCUCAUGUGGCGAGUAGGCAACCUGAGGAGAAGUCACAUUGUGGAGGCCCAUGUCCGGGCCCAGCUCAUCAAGCCCUACAUGACAGAGGAAGGAGAAUACCUCCCCCUGGAUCAGCGGGACCUCAAUGUGGGCUACGAUGUGGGCCUUGAUCGUAUAUUUUUGGUUUCACCCAUUAUCAUUGUUCAUGAGAUCGAUGAGGAGAGCCCGCUCUAUGGGAUUGGGAAGGAGGAGCUGGAGACAGAGAACUUUGAGAUUGUUGUUAUCCUGGAGGGAAUGGUAGAAGCCACAGCCAUGACCACACAGGCACGAAGCUCUUACCUCGCUAGUGAAAUCCUUUGGGGCCACCGUUUUGAGCCAGUUGUGUUUGAGGAGAAGAACCACUACAAGGUGGAUUACUCACGCUUUCACAAGACCUAUGAGGUGGCUGGAACACCUUGCUGCUCAGCCCGGGAGCUUCAAGAAAGCAAGAUGACUAUCCUACCUUCUCCCCCACCUCCCAGUGCCUUCUGCUAUGAGAACGAGUUGGCUCUUGUCAGUCAAGACGAAGAUGAAGAUGACGACGAAGUGGGUGUGGCAUUAGGGGGCAGCACAAAGGAAGAGGGAGGUGUCAUCCAGAUGAUGGAUUUUGGAAGCCAUCUGGAUUUGGAGCGGCUCCAGGCAACUUUGCCACUAGAUACAAUCUCAUACCGCAGGGAGUCGGCCAUCUAA